GGCGCCGUUUGGUGAUUUUACGGUGAUGCGGAUUUUGAGUUAAAAGCGAGGCGGAGAGAGUGAUUUCGUUGGUUUCUUCUGCACCUUCUACUAGGAAACCAAAGGCUGAAGCUAAAAGCAAGUGCUUAUGCAGAUGUUGAAGGCUUUCCUUCCUGGAACGCAGGAGGAAACAUCAUCUUCUUUGCAGUCUGGGAAAGUCGAUGCAAAAAUGGAAAUGGACGACCCAGAGAAGGCAAUGGCUACAGUUGCUCAGCUCAUAGAGCAACUUCAUGCGAAAACAUCUUCUCCGCAAGACAAAGAACUCACAACAGCUCGUCUACUAGGUAUUGCAAAAGGCAAAAGGGAGGCAAGAAGGCUGAUCGGUUCGUAUGGUCAAGCAAUGCCUUUAUUCAUUUCCAUGCUUAGAAAUGGGACGAGUUUGGCCAAAGUAAAUGUCGCUUCAAUCCUUUGUGUUUUAUGCAAAGACAAAGAAUUGCGACUAAAAGUUCUUCUAGGAGGAUGCAUCCCGCCAUUACUUUCGGUUUUGAAGUCUGGAACCAUUGAAACUAGGAAAGCAGCGGCAGAAGCUAUAUAUGAGGUUUCUUCUGCUGGAAUUUCCAGUGACCACAUUGGCAUGAAAAUAUUUAUCACAGAAGGUGUUGUGCCAACUUUGUGGGAUCAACUUAGCCUGAAAGGAAAUCAGGAUAAAGUUGUUGAAGGGUAUGUUACUGGAGCUUUGAGGAAUCUUUGUGGCGUUGAUGAUGGUUAUUGGAGACUGACACUAGAGGUUAUUUCCUUUUGUGAUAGCAUCCAGAAAAUAUUAAAUUCUGGAGUUGUCAAGUCUCUGAUACAGCUUUUGGAACAGAAAAAUGAUAUCAAUGUUCGUGCUAGUGCAGCAGAUGCUUUGGAAGCUCUUUCAUCAAAAUCCGAUGAGGCUAAGAAAUGUGUCAAAGAUGCAGGAGGUGUUCAUGCUCUCAUUGAAGCCAUUGUUGCUCCAUCGAAAGAGUGUAUGCAGGGAAAACAUGGACAAUCUCUACAAGAACAUGCAACUGGAGCUUUGGCAAAUGUGUUUGGUGGGAUGCGCCAUUUGAUUAUAUAUCUUGGAGAAGUAUCACAAUCCCCUCGUCUAACGGAACCAAUUGGUGAUGUAAUUGGAGCCCUUGCCUAUGCUCUAAUGAUUUUCAAACAACCAGAGAGUUCGGAGAACAUAUUUGAUCCAAGCGUGAUAGAGAGCAUUUUGGUAAAGUUACUAAAGCCUCGUGACACCAAGUUAAUCCAAGAACGGAUCUUAGAGGCUAUGGCGAGCUUGUACGGAAACAGUAGUCUUUCAUGUUACCUAGAUGAUGCAGAAGCUAAGAGAGUUCUUAUUGCUCUCAUAACCAUGGCUUCUGCUGAUGUACGAGAGCGUCUGAUAAUUUGCUUGUCUGGCUUAUGCCAUGACAAGGUUGGAAUUUGGGAGGCGAUUGGAAAGAGAGAAGGAAUCCAGUUAUUUAUAUCAUUUCUAGGUUUGUCUAGUGAGCAACACCAAGAGUAUGCUGUUGAAAUGUUGAAAAUUUUGACGGCUCAGGUGGAUGAUAGUAAAUGGGCUGUAACAGCAGCUGGGGGGAUUCCUCCACUUGUCCAGUUGCUCGAGACUGGAUCUCAGAAGGCCAAGGAAGAUGCUGCCUGCAUUCUCUGGAAUUUGUGUUGUCACAGUGAGGAAAUCCGUGAUUGUGUUGAAAGAGCUGGUGGUAUUCCAGCAUUCUUGUGGCUUCUGAAGACUGGUGGACCAAAUUCACAGGAAACAUCUGCAAAGACACUUGUGAAGCUUGUCCAUACAGCUGAUCCUGCCACAAUUAAUCAGUUGUUGGCUUUACUUCUGGGAGAUGAUACGACUUCAAAGAUUCAUGUAAUAAAAGUAUUGGGUCAUGUGCUCUCAAAAGCUUCACAGGAGGAUCUUGUUCAUAGAGGAUGUGCCGCUAACAAAGGACUGAGGUCCCUUGUCGAGUCCCUAACAUCUUCCAGGGAAGAAACAAAGGAGCAUACAGCUUCAGUUUUAGCUGAUCUGUUCAGCUCAAGACAAGAUAUCUGUGGUCAUCUUGCGACGGAUGACAUUAUUCAUCCCUGGAUCAAGCUGCUUACAAACAACACUCAGAAUGUGGCCAAACAGGUGGCUAGGGCUUUGGACGCACUGUCCCGCCCGGUUAAGAAAAAUAAUAAUAAAAAGAAGUCUUACAUUGCAGAAGGAGAUAUUAAGUCACUCAUAACAUUGGCUAAGAACUCUUCCAUUGAGUCUGCAGAAAAUGCUGUUUCUGCCCUCGCAAAUCUUCUGUCUGAUCCGGAUAUAGCUGCAGAAGCACUAGCUGAAGAUGUUGUUUCAGCUUUCACAAGAAUUUUGGCUGAUGGAUCUCCAGAGGGUAAGAGAAAUGCAUCACGGGCACUUCAUCAGUUACUUAAGAACUUUCCAGUUUGUGAUGUGCUAAAAGGAAGUGCUCAGUGCCGUUUUGCUAUACUUUCACUCGUUGAUUCUCUAAAAUCAAUUGCUGUGGAUAGCCCAGAUGCUUUCAACAUAUUAGAAGUAGUUGCGCUCUUGGUAAAGACUAAGAGUGGGGUGAAUUUCUCUUACCCUCCAUGGAUUGCCCUUGCCGAAGUGCCUUCAAGCCUGGAGACCCUUGUGCAAUGCCUUACCGAAGGCCAUACUCUUGUGCAAGAUAAGGCAAUAGAAGUUUUGUCCAGGCUUUGCUCUGAUCAACAGUUUCUGCUCAGUGAACUUAUAGUUUCAAGACCCAAGUCAAUGGGGGUUCUGGCUGAUAGAAUAGUGAAUGCAUCCAGCUUAGAAGUGAGAGUUGGGGGGACGGCGCUGCUCUUAUGUGCUGCAAAGGAAAAGAAGCAGCUUAUCACAGAGACACUUGAUCAGUCUGGUUUUUCAAAACUCUUGUUACAUGCCCUCAUUGAUAUGAUAAAGCACAAUUCUACAUGCUUUUCUCUAGAGACUGAAGUCCAGACACCUAAAGUCGCAUUGUGGCUGCUAUGCAUACUCACUUCCGUUGAUGCUAAGUCAAAGGUCAUUGUUAUGGAAGCUGGCGGACUUGAGGUGCUCUUGGGGAAGCUUGCUAGGUAUACUUCCAGUCCUCAGGCUGAAUUUGAGGAUACAGAAGGCAUUUGGAUUAGUGCUCUCCUCCUGGCUAUCAUGUUCCAGGAUGACAAUGUGUCCUUUUCUUCAACGACGAUGCGGAUCAUUCCAACACUUGCAGUUUUGCUAGGAUCUGAUGAACUGAUAGAUCGAUAUUUCGCUGCCCACGCAAUGGCUAGUCUUGUUUGUACUAGGAACAGAGGAAUAAAUCUGACAAUUGCAAACUCAGGUGCUGUUUCUGGGAUAAUAAACCUUGUUGGCUAUUUGGAAUCGGAGAUACUGAACUUAGAUGCUUUGGCAAAUGAAUUUUCUCUGGUGAAAGAGCCUGAUCAAGUUAUUCUUCAACACCUUUUUGAAAUUGAAGAUGUGAGGCUUGGCUGCACUGCACGCAAAUCUAUCCCGCUGCUUGUAGAUCUCUUAAGGCCAAUUCCAGAUAGGCCUGGAGCCCCUCAGUUUGCUGUCCAAAUCCUGAUUCGCAUUGCAGAUGGAAAUUCAACUGAGUACGCCAUAUCUGAAUUGCUUAGGAUAUUGUUUAGCAACCACGAGCUUAGACAAAACGAAAUUGGCACUAGUUCCGUGAAGUCAGCUUAUCGCAGUACUGCGGCUAGGUUCAGAAGUGCAAGAUACAGCGCAGCUGGGGCUCUAAAUGAACUAUUUGAUGCUGAAACAUCAGAAAAUUCUGAAAUCGCCUGCCAGGCUGUUCAACCACUAAUGGACAUACUCGGUACUGUAUCAGAAAGUGAGCAAGAGAGUACCACGCAAGUGGACAUGGUGGAAGCUGGAAUAAUCGAGCGAUGUCUUGAGCUACUACCUGGAGCCUCAAAAUCUUCAUCCCAAGCUAUCCAGCAGCUUGGAGCAGAAUUGCUGAGCCAUUUUCUUACAAUGGAAGAUUUCCAGCAAGACAUCACAACACAGAGUGCUGUUGUUCCUCUGGUUCGUCUUGCAGGAAUUGGAAUACUGAGCCUGCAGGAAACUGCGAUAAAGGCAUUGGAGAAGAUAUCUGCUAGCUGGCCUAAGGCUGUUCUUGAUGCUGGAGGUAUUUUUGAGCUAUCCAAGGUUAUUCUUCAGGAAGAUCCUCAGCCCCCUCUUGAUCUAUGGGAGUCUGCUGCUUUUGUUCUUUCCAACAUUGUGCAGUAUGAUGCAGAAAUGCUUUUUCAGAAACGAUGCUUCAAGCACAGUGGCAAAUGGCUGAGCUUGGCGGCAAUCGAUGCAUUGCUGGACCUCCUUAGAUCUCAUCAAUGCGAGGAAGAAUCGGGAAGCUUACUUGAAACAAGAUCAGAACCUGGUAGGCUUCUUGCUGCUCUGGCACUUGGGGAUCUUUCUCAGCAUGAAGGGCUUUCUAGAUCCAGUGAAGUUUCUGGGCAGGCUGCACUGAUGGUCAAUUUUUGUUUUCCCAACCACACACUCCAAGAAUAUGUCUCGAAUGAGCUUAUAAGAUCACUAACAGCUGCACUUGAGAGAGGCUUGUGGUCUACAGCAACUAUAAAUAUCGAAGUUUUGAGAACCUUAAAUGUGAUUUUCUCCAAUUUUCCUAAGCUCCGUGCCUCAGAAGCUGCUACUUUCUGCAUCCCUCAUUUGGUAGGGGCCCUCAAAUCUGGUGUUGAAGACGUCCAGGGAUUAGUAUUGGAUAUUCUUUACUUGCUAAGGCACUCCUGGACGAAUAUGUCCAUAGAUGUUGCAAAAUCUCAAGCCAUGAUUGCAGCUGAAGCAAUUCCCGUCCUGCAAAUGCUGAUGAAAACAUGCCCUCCUAGGUUUCACGACAAGGCAGACAGCUUAUUGCACUGCUUACCAGGUUGCUUAACAGUGAACGUCAUGCGCGCCAAUAACUUAAAGCAGUCCAUGGCAACCACAAACGCCUUUUGUCAAUUAACAAUAGGAAACUGCCCUCCACGGCAAACUAAGGUCGUGAGCAAUAGCACUACUCCUGAAUGGAAAGAAGGCUUUACUUGGGCAUUUGAUGUUCCCCCCAAAGGACAAAGCUCCACAUCAUAUGCAAGAGCAAAAGCACAUUUGGAAAGACGACUCUAGGCCGUGUUACUAUCCAAAUCGACAAAGUCGUGACAGAAGGAGAGUACAGUGGAUCUCUAAGCCUGAAUCAUGAAAACAGUAAAGAUACUUCUUCCAG